ACUUAGAGACGGAGUGUAUGUUAGAGUGUGAGCAUGUGGCGCUGAAGAGCUUUUUGAGCUUUCACCCUCUCUGUGAGAAAUCAAGCAACAGAGAGAGAGAGAGAGAGACAUAGAAAGCAAACUUUCUCUCCUACACUUGGACUUUUCCCAGACUUGAGUGCUGGAAUUGAUUUCCUCUGAUACUGGAUGUCACUUCGCAACUGUGGAGUUUAUGCACAGAAGAGAUCUCUAAAGUUUUGUUGACUGAGCGUGUGUGUGUGACAGGAGCGUGCUAUAGGAGCUAUGUCAGGUGUUACACGGAAAGGUUCUGGGAGACCAGGUUAUUACUACAGACUCCUGGGUCGAACGAGGCUACAGAGACAGCGCAGCCGCUCCAGGAGUAGAAGCAGAGCCACAAACAAUAGGGACUCUCCACCUGAGAAAACAGGGCGGAGACGUAGCAUGCCAGGCUCCGCCCCUGACAAACCCCCGCCCGCAAUGGAGCCCACUGCCGCCGCUGCUACACCCUUCAGAGUCACAGGGUUUUUGAGUCGCAGGUUAAAGGGCUCGAUAAAGCGGACUAAGAGUCAGCCUAAACUGGACAGGAACAGCAGUUUCAGACACAUCCUGCCAGGCUUCAGACCAGUGGACAACGACAGGUCUCAUCUGAUGCCCAGGCUGAAGGAGUCGCGUUCUCACGAGUCUUUGCUCAGUCCCAGCAGUGCAGUAGAAGCUCUGGACCUCAGCAUGGAGGAGGAGGUCCUUAUUAAACCAGUGCACAGCUCCAUCCUCGGGCAAGAUUACUGCUUUGAGGUGAGCACCUCCACAGGUAGUAAGUGCUUUUCCUGUCGCUCAGCCGCAGAGAGAGACAAAUGGAUGGAGAACCUGCGACGGGCCAUCCACCCCAAUAAGGACAACAGUCGGCGGGUGGAGAAUACGCUCCAGCUGUGGAUCAUCGAAGCUAAGGACCUUCCGGCCAAGAAAAAGUACUUCUGCGAGCUCUGCUUGGACGACGGCCUCUAUGCCCGCACCACCUGCAAGCUGAAGACAGAUAACGUCUUCUGGGGUGAACACUUUGAGUUCAAUAACCUCCCCGCGGUCCAGAACAUCACCGUCCACCUCUACAGGGACUCGGAUAAGAAGAAGAAAAAGGACAAGAACAACUACGUGGGUCUGGUGAGCAUUCCAGUGGUGAAUGUCACGAGCAGGCAGCUGGUCGAGAAGUGGUACCCGGUUAGCCAACCCAAUCCAGGGAAAGGGAAAACGGCUGGCCCCAUGGUCCGCAUCAAGGCCCGGUACCAGAGCAUGAACAUCCUGCCCAUGGAGCUCUACAAAGAGUUUGCAGAGUACACCACCAACAACUACAUGCUGCUCUGCUCUGUGCUGGAGCCGGUCAUCAGCGUCAAGAACAAGGAGGAGAUGGCCUGUGCUCUGGUGCACAUCUUACAGAGCACCGGCAAAGCAAAGGACUUUCUGACAGAUCUGAUGAUGUCUGAGGUGGAUCGGUGCGGAGACAAUGAGCAUCUCAUUUUCCGUGAGAACACACUGGCUACUAAAGCUAUAGAGGAGUACCUGAAACUAGUGGGACAGAAGUACCUCCAGGAUGCUUUAGGUGAGUUCAUCAAAGCCCUGUAUGAGUCAGACGAGAACUGCGAGGUGGAUCCUUCUAAGUGUUCUUCCAGUGACCUGCAUGAGCACCAGAGCAACCUCAAGAUGUGCUGUGAGCUGGCUUUCUGCAAGAUCAUCAAUUCUUACUGCGUGUUUCCUCGGGAGCUCAAGGAAGUGUUUGCAUCCUGGAGGCAGGAGUGCAGUAACCGAGGACGACCGGACAUCAGCGAACGACUGAUCAGCGCAUCUCUUUUUCUGCGCUUCCUGUGUCCUGCCAUCAUGUCGCCCUCGCUCUUCAGCCUCAUGCAGGAAUAUCCAGACGACCGCACCGCCAGGACACUUACACUUAUCGCCAAAGUGACACAAAACCUCGCCAAUUUCACCAAGUUUGGCAGCAAGGAGGAGUACAUGUCCUUCAUGAAUCAAUUUUUGGAGCACGAAUGGACCAACAUGCAGCGCUUCCUGCUGGAGAUCUCCAACCCGGAGACCAUCUCAAACACAGCAGGCUUCGAGGGUUAUGUUGACCUGGGCCGUGAACUAUCCACUCUCCAUUCCCUCCUCUCAGAAGCCGUCUCACAACUCGACCAGAGCACUAUCACUAAGCUGGGUCCUUUAGCACGGAUCCUGCGGGACGUGAAUUCGGCCCUGACGAAUCCCACCGGAGCCCCCAUGUCAUCUCCCACCGAGCGUGUGGGCUCCCCAACUCUACCCAGCAGCAGUCUGUCUACCGGUCUGCAGAAGAUGGUCAUGGACAGUGAGAUAACAGGGUUGGUGGAUUUCACUCGGCUGCCAUCACCGACCCCCGAAAACAAGGAUCUGUUUUUCGUCACAAAGAAUUCUGUGAUCCAGCCAUCACCCGCCCGCAGCUCCAGUUACUCGGAGGCCAACGAGCCAGAUGUUCAGAUCCCCAACGGCAGCAAGAGCUUGUCAAUGGUGGACCUGCAGGACAAUCGUUCUCUCGAGAGCGCUCCCAACACGUCCUUCAGCGACCCCAUCAAUGACAGCCAGACCUCCGUGGGCCAGGGCACAGGAGUGUGGACCACCCGCACCAUUAAGGGCAACACUCCCAGCGGCCCGACCCUGAGGAGGGCAGGUCAGACCCCCACCACACCGAGCACAGAAACCGCCCCGGGGAGAUCCCAGCUGCUCGCCCCGCUCUCCUUCCAGAACCCUGUGUACCAGAUGGCUGCCGGACUGCCCCGUGCGGUGGCCGAUUCUGGAUCUGAAUGCCAGAGCUCCAUCAGCUCCCAGAGUAACGCAGAGGACGCAGCUACCGUGGGGUCAAAGCACCCGUUCCUGAGCCAGUCCAGCACGGGGGCCAGCGGCGGAGGGGGCAGCAGCGGGGACGAGUUCAUCCGGUGUUCUGGAGAGUUCAGCCGUAGACAGCUGUCCCUCACCGAGCCCCAACACCAAGCCAACGUACCGCGGCAGAACAGCGCAGGGCCGCAGCGCCGGAUAGAUCAGCCGCCUCCAGCCGUCACGAGGGGCCGUACUCCACCCAACAUGCUCAACACCACACCAUACCCCCGGCCCUCCAGUGGGAGUAUGAUGUCAUCAUCUCCUGAUUGGCCAAGCAGCGGCACCAGACUGAGGCAGCAGUCGUCCUCCUCCAAAGGGGACAGUCCAGAAUCCAAGCAGCGCACCCUACACAAACAAGCUCCAUCUCCUGUGAAUCCCAAUGCAUUGGACCGCACUGCUGCAUGGCUGCUGAAUAUGAAUGUGCAAUAUUUGGAGCAGGAGGGAACUGACCCAGAUACGAAACACCGGGAGGACUUUCCAAACAAGGAGGAUCUCACACCAACUGAAAAGUAUCAGCAGGAGAUUGCCGUCCUGCAGGAGAAGCUGCGUAUUUCCGCUAAGAAGCUGGAGGAGUAUGAAUCUCGCAUGAAGAACCAGGACGACCAAACCCAGAAGAUGCUCCUGGAGUACCAGGCCCGGCUCGAGGACACGGAGGAGCGGUUACGCAAGCAGCAGGAUGAGAAAGAGCACCAGAUGAAAAGCAUCAUCACCAGGUUGAUGUCAGUUGAAGAGGAGUUGAAGAAAGAUCACUCAGAUAUGCAGGCAAUUGUAGACUCCAAACAGAAAAUCAUCGAAGCCCAGGAGAAGAGAAUCGCGUCCCUGGACGCUGCGAACGCCCGGCUAAUGAGCGCUCUGUCUCAGCUGAAGGAUCGCUACAGCAUGCAGACGAGGAACGGCAUCUCUCCCACCAACCCCACCAAGCUGCAGAUCACGGAAAACGGUGAAUUUCGGAACAGCAGCAACUGCUAGCAUGGACACAAAACACACAACACGGGCCUGAAGGUCUAGCUGCGGACAAGGGCUAUGGGUAACUCUCUUACAGUAAGGCGGGGGUUCAGUCGACUAGCACUGGGUGGAAAAUCACUCUCGGGAACGAAUCGGAUAGAGUUGCACAAUGUUGUUUUUUUUCCUCACUUGGUAUAUAAAGGCUUAACGUGUCUCCUUUCAGAUUAUCAGCUACGCUUCAUUCAUAGCCCUUGUCACGGAUUCUUUAUCGCCUCUAGAUUCGAGCUGCGCGCACCUGGCAUGAUAACAGUGUAACUAUUUGUCGAAAUAAUCAUUUUUAUUGUGUACGCUUCGCGCGAACGUCGUUUUAUACCGUUUUUGUUUGCUCGCGUCGCUCGGCCGGCGGCAGCGCGAACCGCUCGCGUUUUUGUUUAGUAAGUCUGAGGAGAGGACUUUUUAAGCAUCGCGUUUCUUUGCAUACUUUUUUUGUACGUUCAUAACAUUUUAGUCUAUACCCAGGCGACGCGCCUCGUUAAUGUAUAUAGUUUUUUUUUAUGGGCUUUUCAGAGAAAAGAGGUUUUCUUUUUCUUUUCUUUUUUGGUACAGUGUGUAUUUCCUGUGCUGAGGUCUGCUGUACUUUAUUUAGAAGCUAAACGAAAGAAAACAAUGUAAGCUCUGAUUGUAUAUUCAGGUGCUGCUUCUAGACAGGGCAAAGACGACGACACACCACUUUAACCCCUCCACUAUCGACGCCGUGGACAGAAACGUCCCCAUACUGCUUGCCGUUGGCCAGUAUACCCAACAUCGUACCUACAGCACAGUCGGUGUGUGCCCCCCUACGAUGUCUUUCUUCCACUCUAUGCACUUUCUAUAGCAUUAGAAUGGACCCUUUAACCAAAACCUGCUUCUGUGGACUUGUUAUAAAGGCUAUUCAGAGCAGCAAGUACAAAGCAUAUAGCAUUCAGCGCUCGAGUUGAUGUGUGAAGGGUACGUGGCUGGUUUUUUACUUAAAGGUUGUGAUGUUUUCUGCUCUUCAGAUGCGGUUUGCAUCAAACGAGCGGCACGGCAAUAGUUGCAUCAACCCCGCUGCUGACAGACCCUUUGCUCCGGUAUCGGGGCGAACCUGUUUUAGCUUCACUGAUCUUUAUUCAAAUCAGGUUCGUGGAGAAGAGUUUGAAGACUGUCAGUGUUUCUUCACGUACAAAUAUUCACAUCAGUUUAUUCGGGACAAUAAUUUUGGUAAAACUGCAAGGGCAAACCACUUUGUGCAUAAACGUCAUAUCAGGCAUCUGAUUUUUUUAGCAUUCUCUGUAUUUUCUCGAUUUUUUUUUUUAUUUAAUCAUACAAGCUCGAGAGAAAGUAUGCUUUGUUUAACCGUUGUUGGGUUUUUUUGGAAUUUGUUUUUUUAAUUUAUGUUUUAAAUUGUGUUUCGUUAAUUUAUUUAUUCACCUGUAUUGGUUGUUUUAACCCCAAAAUGAAGAGUCCUUGUUGAAGUUCGAAUGCUGAGUGUGAACAGAAUAUUUUCCCAUUUCAUAGUUUUAACGUAAUGUACAGGUCCUGUAACGUAACGCCCACCUGGAGGGCAAAACACGGCUUUCUGCCACUGACCGCAAGUAUAGUAAUACACCACGAACAGCAUCAUCAACGGGGUGUAUAUUGCUUUAGAUAUUUUCAUAUCGCUCUUUUAAUAGACAAAAGGUACUUUAAGUGUUUUCACAUUAAAUAUUUUUGAAUGUCCUGAUGUUUUUAGUGAUUGAAAUAUUGCAAAUAAUGGCUAAAACCUGCAUGUUUUUCCCACAUUUAUUUAUUUUUAUCUAAAUAUUUAUGGCUUGAAUGGAAAAUCAACAGGUUUGUGCUGCAGUUUCACGGAUGUUUUGCCCUCCAGGUCCGCCGAGCCAGUCACGUGACUGAAAACUAUGAAUUGUGACGCACAUCCGGGUGAAAUGUCUUCUUGAACGAGAGAGAAAAAAUAAAUAAAAAUAGAACUGGACUUUUGUUGACAGGGAAUUGAGUGCGUUGUCGGAUUGUUUGCUAAUUGUUGCGAUCAGAGCCGGGAAGAAAAGAGGGGGUGAGCGCACGAGGACGCAUGAAUUAAUAAUAUCAAUAAUGAAUCAUUUAUAGUAAACGCUGCAAUAUUUCAUUAAAAAAUCAUUUUGGUCUCACGGUGACGUUACAUUUCUUUAAAGUUGAAGUUUUUUUUUGGGAUGCUACUAUACCGCUGGUGUGAAGGAAGAACUGUGUUUAUUAGGUUUUGAGAAACCUGUCCGAAAACACUUUUUCCGGUUGCGGCUGGUUAGGCUCGUGAUGCAGAAAUGACGUUACUUUUAAAUCUUAAAGCGAGUUCUCAUUAAACCGCUAAUUUUCACAGGCGACAUCCAAUCGUUACAAAAGCAAUCAGUAAUCUCGCAGAUUUAUCCCAAACAGUUCAGCUUGAUUACGUGAAUUUGACAAAGCUGCUUCUGUGUGAGUUGGCCUAGGUUUUGCGCAUCACAGUAUUACAAUAUAACCUUUUUUUUUAUUUGCCCGUGAACGUCUGAUAAUAUGGCCACAUCUUUACACCGACCUCUAAAUACAGAAAACAAGCAAACGAAACACGCUGACUUCCUGUAACAUAACCAUUUAAAGGCAAUAGUACGGCACAUCAAAACACUUUAACUAUGUUUUAACUCCCUUAAUUGCGUUUUUUUGAAAGUCAAAGGGCUGCUGCUGAGUCUCACUUCAAUUUAAAGGAAGACAGCUUUUUUUUCUCGUUUGGCAUGAUUAUGUAUGAAAACCACGUUAAAGCUCCACGGUGUUUUCUGCUUUACCUCUACACCAUGUACGUUUCAGAGCUGACCGUUUCGCCACGUGUACAUACAUGAACAGGAGACCGAUACACGAGAAGUCAUUUGUGUUGAAGAAAAUGUUCAGUGCAAUUCAUGUACAAUUGCCUCUAGAAUUAUUAAAGUUUUAUUUAGCUAUUUCAAGGUUCUUACUUUUAUUUGUUAGUUUCCUGUACAGUCCAAGAAAAAUACUGUUGUUGAGGAAAAAAAAAAAAAAGAUAUAUUGUUUCACCUGUGUAAAGUUAAGUAAAAAUGCUAUGGACAGAAUGUAUAUAUCCAUGUAGAAUGCCAUUGUCAAGAUGGGUGCACUUCAGUGAGUGCCGUUCAAAAUAAAAGCAAAGUAUUUGUC